AUGUCUGAAGAAAUUGAAAACAAUACCAUCAAUUUUCUUUGGAAUAAUAAUAGAAGUAUUUCUUCUAUUGAUUUCGACCACGAAUUAUACGUUGCAACCAUCACUUUGGUUGACAACACCGUCAGGGUUGUAAAUUUGGAUAAGCAUAGUGGAAUGGGUAGCAAUGUUAAUAAAAUUUCAGAAGUCUCCGAUCAUAACGAUAAUAAUAAUAAUAAUAACAAGCAUCUCGCUGAUGAUUCUUUAUCUCCAGUAGCCGCCGCUACUACCAAUAAUAAUGAUGAUAACCCUCUCGCUGAUAAUCCUCUACCUCUCGCUUCUUCAGUAGCCACCGCUACUACUGAUAAUAACGAUGAUAACCCUCUCGCUUCUUCACCUCUUGCAGAUAAUUCUCUACCUCUCGUUUCUCCAGUAGCCGCCACUACUACCGAUCAUAACGAUGAUAAUAACGAGUCUAAUAACAACCAUAACAAUCUUCUUAUUAAG